AAAAAAAUGAAGGUGAAAUGUAAAUUUAAGCAAAUCUCGUGUGACAGAAGCCCCCAACCAACGCUACUACAUUAAAUCAUCCAAAUUGAUAGAGAAAUCUCGUCAAUCAGUCAAUAAAUGCAAAUCUCAUCUCCUGGUCUCCAACUUCAACCACCUCAAUAAACACUCCAUUAAAAUUAUCGCAAACCUCAUCCCUCAUUCUCUCCUUCUUUCCUUCCCAAUCUUUCGAUCUAGCUUUUCAUUUUCCCCCCUAAGCAUUUACACUAAGAAGGAGAAAAAAAAAAAUGGUAAAUGAUGCGGCUUUCCGAUCAUCACUGGCUUGUUUGGCAGUAGUUCUGGUGAUUGUGGGAAUUUGGACCCAAUCUUUCAAGAAAGUGGUGGCCACUUAUAUCUUUGGGAUGUUUGCGAUCGGAGGCGUGAUUCUGCCGGAUUGGGAGUUCUUUGAUCGGAGUGUUUCCCAGUGGUGCACCCCACUUGCUGUGGGUCCUCAUCACCUCAGAUCACCUCCCAACCAAUCUACUUCCUCCAACAGGUUUAGGUUCUAUCCUAUAAGACUGGGGAUUUACACAAUCGUUUAUGGAUAUUCAUUUUACAGAUGGUGGAUGUACGUGUCCAGCUGAAUUGCAACCAGCAGGUUGAUUAAUGUUGUGUAUCUUUUUGUGUACUCCUGUCCUGUAAUGAUUGUUCAAUAGAAUUUUUUGUGACAGGAUAGAAUCUGAGUUUAAUGUGUAGUAUGUGACAAUUCUCUCGUGUAUAAUAUCCAUGUUACAGAAAUCUCUUCUGUAACAUAUUAGAUUUUAAAGUGUGUUACAAUCGUAUUUUUGCAUGACUUACAUCGAUCGAUCGAUUCAACUACACCAUUUCACAUCG